AACUCCGCCACCUCCUGGCAAGGGGAUCCCUCCGGAGAGUCCCUCCAGCGCAUUUAUGGCAUCGCUUUCCCCAGCGCCCAGCAGUUGGCGGCCUGGGAGCGUGCCCAGGAGGAGGCCGCCCGGCGGGACCACCGGCGCAUUGGAAAGGAGCAAGAACUUUUCUUCUUCCACCCGCUGAGUCCUGGCAGCUGUUUCUUCCUCCCCAAAGGGACCCACAUCUACACAACCCUCAUGGGCUUCAUCAAGAGCGAGUACCUUAAGCGCGGCUACUCCGAAGUCGUCACCCCCAACAUCUUCAAUGCCAAACUCUGGGAGAUCUCCGGCCACUGGGAGCAUUACGGGGAGCACAUGUUCAGCUUCCCUGUGGAGGAGCAGACCUUCGCACUCAAGCCCAUGAACUGUCCCGGCCACUGCCUCAUGUUCGCCCACCGGCCCCGAUCCUGGCGGGAGCUCCCCCUGCGGCUGGCCGACUUCGGGGUGCUCCACCGCAACGAGGCCUCGGGGGCCCUGACGGGGCUGACGCGGGUCCGGCGCUUCCAACAGGACGACGCCCACAUCUUCUGCUCCAUGGAUCAGCUGGGGGACGAGAUCAGAGGCUGCCUGGAUUUCCUGCAGGCCGUUUACUCCGUCUUCGGAUUCACUUUCCGUUUCUUCCUCUCCACCCGCCCCAAGAACUUCCUCGGGGACCCCCCUCUCUGGGACCAGGCCGAGCAGCUGCUGGAACAGAGCCUGCAGGAGUUUGGGGAGCCGUGGGAGUUGAACCCCGGGGACGGCGCCUUCUACGGGCCCAAGGUGGACAUUCAGAUCCAGGACGCUCUGGGGCGAUACCACCAGUGUGCCACCAUUCAGCUGGACUUCCAGAUGCCCCUUCGCUUCGACCUCUCCUACAAGGGUAAGGACGGUGGGACCCCCGAGAGGCCGGUCAUGAUUCACCGGGCAGUGCUCGGCUCCGUGGAGAGGAUGAUGGCCGUCUUGGCCGAGAAUUACGGGGGCAAGUGGCCCUUCUGGCUCUCCCCCUCCCAAAUCAUGGUGAUUCCGGUGGGCCCAGAUGCAGAGGAGUACGCUGGAGAGGUCCACCGGCUCUUCCACCAAGCCGGAUUCCAGGCAGACCUGGAUGCCGAUUCGGGGGUGACCCUCAACCGCAAAAUCCGGAGAGCCCAGUUGGCCCAGUACAACUUCCAGUUCGUGGUCGGCCGGCAGGAAAUGACCCACCGCACCGUGAAUGUCCGCAGCCGGGACAAUCACCGCCACGGCGAGAGGGAUCUGCAGGAGGUGCAGCGCCGGCUGCGGGAGCUCCAGGAGACGCGGGUGAGAAACGCGGAGGAGCUCUUCUGAGCCAAAGGCAGGGUCCCCGCAGGGCUGGCACGGCUCACGCACCCAGGAGGAGACCUCCAGGCUUCGUUCCAAGGGACUAGUCCUCACCGAGGAGCACGAAGGCUGAGAAGGCUGAGGAUCUCCCUCCUUGCUGACUGCUCUGCAGAUGCCACCCCUCCCUCGGUGGGCAGCUUCCUGGAGCGUCACCUGGGCUGAGUCACCUGCCCCCCCUCCGGAGGUUCUGGGAAGGUGUCGCACCCGCUUCCCCGCCCUUUCCCGGAGCCCUGCGUGGCUGUAUUUGGGGGAGGGGCUGCAGGAAGCUUUCCUGGCCACUGAAG